UCGAUGGAGCUGGGUGGCGGUGGCGGCGGCGGCGGCGAGAGCGCCGCCAAGCGCGCGAGGCUCUCCUCCGGCGAUGCCGAUUCCUCCGCCGCCGCAGGAGAGGACCGGCUCAGCGCGCUACCCGACGACGUCGUCAUCUUCAUCCUCCUCCACCUCAGCACCCGCGCCGCCGCGCGGACCAGCGUCCUCUCCCGCCACUGGCGCCGCAUCUGGGCCCUCGUCCCGGCGUUCCACUUCCCUAAGGUCCGCAGACCCCACUGGCUGCGCGACUUCCUCGACGCGCGUGAGGCGCCCGUACGCGACCUCGUCGUCAUUGCCCACGGCGCCACCGGCGAAUCUAUGGGGGUCUGGCUCCCCGCCGCCGCGCGCCGCGUCACCGGUGACCUAUCCCUUGUCAACUGCUUUCCGCCAUAUGGUGCCAAGAAGGAGGAGGAAUCCGCGCAAAGAGGCUCUUUUGAGUUCCCCUGCUUUGAGAAGGCCACUGCGAUCCAUUUCUUGUUGGGUUUUCACGGCCUCGCCGUGCCUCCCACCGGCGUCUUCACCCGCCUCUCGACAAUCUACCUCGGCCGCGUCUGGUUCCAUGGUCCAGGCGAUCUAGGCGAUGCCGUUUCCUCGCCGCGGUGCCCGUGCUUGCAGAGGCUCGGCGUGGACGGCGCCCAUGGGCUGGGUGGCCUCUCCAUACAUUCGGAGUCUAUGCUGCAGUUGGAGCUCAAGAACGUGCGCUCCUUGUCUCAGCUCACCAUUGUGGCACCGGCGCUCAAGGAGUUAACUUUGGAAUUCUGCUUUGCCAAGAGUGGACCUGUCGCCAACAUCACGGCCCCUCUGCUGGCGAAUCUUGUGUGGAAUGAUGUGUAUGAUCCAAGCUCUGUCAGCCUUGGCAAGAUGGAACAUCUCCGAUUGCUGGGCACGUACUCUUGUUUUGUUUAUCAAUACAGUCACUUCAUGAGGAAUCAGUCUUGUGUAAGUUUCUUGCAGCGCUUUGAGGGCAUCGAUACUCUUCUUCUAACGCUGGUGUAUCCGCUGGAUACAAAGUAUUAUCGAUACUACAUGAUGGAGGACAUCGCAUAUACAAGUGGACAUGCCUUUGGGGCCAGCGUAUUAUUCCAUGUUCUCAGAUUGUGUAAUGGUAUAAGAAGGUUGAUGCUGCAAUUUGUUGCUAGUGACUCAAAGGCCCAAACCGUAUGCUCAAGGGAUUGCAUGUGUGAUCAGCCAGCAGACUGGGAAACCAAGGAACUCUUGUUGAAUCACCUUGAAGAAGUUGAAAUCGAUGGAUUGAGGGGAUCUGAACAGGAAUUUGCUUUUGUCAAACGAGUUUUCAAUUGGGUGACAAAGCUUAAAGAGAUGACAGUAACUUUCCAUUUCUCAAUUUCUGAAAUCAAGGCCAAGGAGCUGUACAAAGUAUUUCAGAUUUUCUCUAGGCCGGAAGUAUGCAUGAAAUUUUAUGUAUAUCGUAACUGUAGUAAGGUGCUAUAUGCACCUGAGGACUAGCGCACCAGUUUCACUUUAGGCACUUUUUUUUUUAUUUAUGUUUCCUUGUUAUGAACCGCACUAUAUGCGAGCAUCAGAAUUACAGCUAAGCUUAAAAGAAUGUUAAAUUUUUGUAGUUUUUAU